CAAAAAGAGAUGAAGAUGAAGAUUAAGAUGAGCAGCGAAGACCACAAAGAGCUGGAAAACAAGUCGUUGAAGAUGAAGAUGAAGAUGAUGAAGAAGAAGAACCACCACAACCACAACCAAGAAAACAAGUAAACCCACAGAAAGUUGCUAAACUACGGAAGACAAAGCUUCAUAUUCCCGAUGAUUACGUAAUACCUACCCAGAGGAACGCCCCAACACUUGGUAUUCCUCCAUAUUGAGGAAAGGUUUUGAUUGGUUACGAGGAUUCGUGGGCAAAGCGAAUCUAUAAGACUCCUGAUCAUAGGGGUGCAGUCAGAAAUUUGAGACACCAAAGUUCUGCAGCUUGGGAUUUGAAGAAUGAAGUCGAUGAGGUUCAAGCUAUAGUUCAAAGAUCUGGUUUAUGGAAAGCAAUUUAACAUGAACAAAAGGGUUGUGAUUCAGUGACCACAUCUUCCUUUAUUGAGAGAUUUAGUCCCAAAACUUAUACAUUUCAUCUUCCAUUCAGCGAGAUGACAAUAACACCUGAUGACGCUGAUAGGAUUUUAGGUCUUAGAGCACGUGGGAAAAGUGUUGAUGCUGAAUAUUCUGAAUUGGAUUGGGACCAGCUAUAUAAGUUGGCUGAAGAAGUUCUUGGUUGGGAUCAUAAUACUACCCUGAAGUAGUUUUGUAGCGCCUCUAAAGAGGUGGAAAAUAUGCAUGUUGGCUGCGGCAACAAACCAAAGAUGUUGAAGUCAUUCAAGUUGAAGAAUCUGAAAGAAAAGUUCGAGAACACUAUGAAGAAAGUUAACGAUGGGUUGGUGAUGGAUGCGACCAAAAUAAACCAUACUGCUGUUGCUGCUUAUUUGUUGCACACUCUCGGCCGAAUUAUAUUUCCUGACCAUAGUGGCAACAAAGUUAGUGCUCAAUAUCUCCAAUUCGUAAAAGAUCUUUCGAAGUUUCAUGAGUACGCUUGGGGAUCCGCUUGUGUUGCAUUCCUUCUCCAUUCAAUUGCUACAACAUCUAGGCUAGACUCUAGAAAUAUUGGAGGAAACUUCAAUCUCUUUCAGGUGUGGGUAUAUGAUCACUUUUCGAAUUUGAAAUGAAGCACACCAAUUGAGGUGGUGGAUGAUACAUUUCCAACUUCGGCAAAAUAUGAGUUCAAAGAUUAUAAGAAGAGGGAUAAGCCUGAAAAGAUAACCUCUUCAAGAUAACGUUAGACUCUUUGGAUGGAUACGAUGUUGAAUUUGAACCAUAUAACGGGAAAGAAGAAGAAUAUGAAUUCGUUCAAGACGAAGGUAUGCCUUUGGGGAUGUACUACAGAUCGUUGUUCUAUCCAGGCGGGUGUGUAAUUUUCGAUCCUCGUCGAGUACUCCGCCAAUUUGGGUUUAU